AUGUCUCAAGUUCCGAAGACUAUGAAGGCGGCGGUCCUCGCGGGCGUUGACAAGCCGCUUGAGAUCAAGGAAGUGCCGGUGCCAGAGGUGAAGUCUGGAGAGAUUCUGAUCAAGGUGCACGCUUGUGGUGUCUGCCACAGUGACCACCACGUCCAUCAUGGAGAUAUGGGUCCACCCCAAAUCGAGCGUCUCGGCCACGAAUUCAUCGGCACCGUCGUCCAAGUCCCCGAGACCGAGAAGAAGUGGAAAGUCGGCGACCGCGUGGGCGGACCAUGGCACGGCGGCCACGACCUCACCUGCAAGUCCUGCAACAGAGGCGACUUCCAAAUGUGCGACAACAAGACCAUCAACGGCGUCAUGCGCGACGGCGGCUACGCCGAAUACGCCACGCUGCGCACCGAAGCCACCGUCCGCAUCCCCAAGGACGUCGACCCGGCCGAAGUCGCGCCCCUCCUCUGCGCCGGCGUCACCGUCUUCAACGGCAUGCGCCAACUGAACGUGCCCCCCGGCGAAAUCGUCGCGAUCCAAGGCCUCGGCGGCCUGGGCCACUUAGCCGUGCAAUACGCCCGCAAGAUGGGCUACCGCACCGUGGCCCUCUCGCGAGGCUCCAAGAAGAAGGACUUCGCCCUGCAACUCGGCGCGACAGAUUACAUCGACACCUCGGCGCAAGACGUCGGCGAAGCCCUGCAAGCCCUCGGCGGCGCGGCCCUCAUCGUCGUCACGGCGCCCAACCCGGACAGCAUCACGCCGCUGCUGGGUGGGUUGGCGAACCGCGGCAAACUCCUCAUCCACACGGCAAUCGGGCCGGUCCCCGUCGAUACGGUGACCAUGGUGCUGAAGGCGCUGAGCGUGCACGGCUGGCCUUCGGGGCAUGCGCUGGAUAGCGAGGAGGCGAUUGAGUUUGCGAGGGUGCAUGGGGUUAAGUGUUUGAUUGAGAAGUUUCCGUUGGAGAAGGCGAAUGAGGCUAUGGCGCAUAUGCUGAGUGGGGAGGUGAGGUUUCGGGCGGUGUUGACGAUGGAUUAG